CAUCUUCAUCUGCACUUUGUAUCCGCUCCGAGUUGUUGUUCUGCCGCUCUUUUCAGAACACCAUACUCGUUCAUUCACUCAUUGACCCACUCGUUUCAUAUCCACCCAUUCCACUCGUUCAACCAAGCAACCCAUACUCCACCUCGCUCUCUCAAUCAUGAGUCGCCAGAUUCUUUCGUUCCUUCUGGCUAUGUGCGUCUACGCGCACUGGGCCGUCGCGGCUCUGAGCCCCUCCCAAAUCGCCAACUCGCUGAACGAACUGGCGCAGCAAGGGUUCGCGACGAAGGAUCUCAUCCUAGAGAUCAAUUCCACCUCGGACGCGAGUCCGAUCCGCGAUGUGUACUCGGAGAUCGACACGAUCGUCAUCGUCGUGCUCACGAACAUCAACUUCAUGACCAACACCCCGGUCAUCACCGACCAAGCGGACCAACAGACCGUGUACGAGGGGUACUCCAACUUCGUCCAAUCCCUCCUAGAACUCACGGACGCCUUCUCGACCAGUGCCACGCGCCUGAUGGCCCUCGACGCAACGACCAAGCAGAAAGUUCCCUCGGAGGUCCGCUUGUUGGAAAGUGCCGUCGACGCGUACUUCUUCAACAUAAUCGGUCUCUUCCCCGCCAAUAGCUCCUAUAACGCCCAGGCCAACAACCAGAAAGCCCAGGUCGACACGCAUUGCUUCCAGGCUGUCUGGGCGUUCGACGUCACGGCCGGCAGUCAGGCGCAGUCUCAGGCGCGCGGCGCCCGGUCGCUUCAUGCGCGUCGUUUGGUGCAUGGCUCUUCGUGAGUGCGACGGAGCUGUCGCGGGAGGAGUGGAUGGAGGGUCGGGGUCGCAGGGUCGCGGGACUUUUGCGCUUUGGCUGUUUGUAUUAGUAGAUAAGUAAUGCUGUAUAACACAUUCCUGACAGAGGAAGUUUGACGUAAGGCCAAAUAUCCCACGGAUGGUCGCUAGAUCGAGAGUAGCUCGCCUUACGAUCAGUCUAUGGGCUAGGAUCACAGUGAGAC